AUGCUUUAUAAUAACUGGCAUGAUUCUCCUGUGCCAUUAUAUAUAUCAUUUUAUGUAUUUGAUCUUAAUAAUACAGAAUUUCUUAAUGGUACAUCAAAACCACAUGUUAAACAACGUGGACCAUUUGUUUAUAAAGAAGAAAGAAAAAAAAUAGAUGUAAGAAUGUAUGAAAAUCAAACAAUUUCUUAUCGAGAACUACGCUCAUAUACAUUUGAUUCAUCACAAUCAGCGGAACUCGAUACAGUAAAUAUUACUGCAAUUAAUCUUGUUUAUAUGGUAUUAGUGAAUUAUCUUCAAAUGGAAGAUGUUUCUCCUACAUUUCGAAAAAUAGUUGGAAAUUUAUUAGCUGAUCAAGAAAAACCAAUUAUGAAACUCAGUGUAAAGGAAUACAUUUGGGGUUAUCAAGAUCCAUUAUUGUAUACCCUCAAGAGUCAAUUUCCAGAAUUGAUCACUGAUGAUCAAGUAUCAGUUUAUAAUGCAUCAGUACGUGAAGCCGGAUCGAAUACAUUUUUAAUUAAUAAUGGUGUUAGUUCUGGUACAAAUAAUACUGAACGUAUUAAUAAUGUUGGUCAAAUUGAACGAUUUAAUUUUGAAAGAAGUUUACCAUUUUGGUCGAAUGAAUAUGCAAAUAUGAUCAAUGGAACGGAUAGUACAAUAUGGCAUCCAAAUACAAAAGAGAAUGAACGAAUUUAUGCAUUUAUCUCUGAUAUUUGUCGAUCAGUUUAUCUUGGUUUUAAUGAAACAAAUAUGAAUAAAUUUAAUAUUAAAACUUAUCAUUAUACAACACCAAAUAGUGUAUUUGCAAAAUCAACAGAAAAUGAAGGUUUUUGUUUGAAUUCUACAACUUCUAAUAAAACACAUGAAAUAGAAUGUUUAUCAAGUGGUCUGUUUUCAUUAAAAUCAUGUAUACUUUUAAGUAAUAUUGUGCUACCAAUACCAUUACCUAUCAUUGGAUCAAAUCCACAUUUUCUUGCUGCUGAUUCUUCAAUACAAAAUGGUAUUAAUGGAUUAACACCUGAUGAUAUAAAACAUCGUAGUUUUAUGGAUAUAGAACCACUUACUGGUGUUGUUAUGAAUGGAUCUCGAAGAUUACAAAUCAAUCUAAAUGUUGUUAAUGAUUCAGCCAUAAGUGCUAUUGCUCGUCUAAAUUCAUUUGUGUAUCCUAUGAUAUGGGUUGAUGAACAUGCAGAAAUCGAUAAAACUAAUGCGGAUAAAUUUUAUAACAAAGUAACUAAACCAAUUAUGGUACUUCAUAUUAUGAAAUAUGUUAUUCUUGGUAUUGGUACUGUUUUAUUUAUUAUUGUAAUUAUUUUACUAGCCUAUCGUCGAUAUAAAGCAAGUAUAUUUGGUCCUCCUUUUGAAAAACCGAAUGCAGAUGAAACAUCGCCAUUACUUUUUUGA